AUGACGUCACACCAGCGACUCAGUUGCCGAUCUAGGCUCCAGGGCGAACUCGCGAAUAGAGACGUUGGACAGUACUAUGCAUCAAGUCGGGAUCAAAUUCUUUCAGACUGGCAAUCAAAACCGGAGAUACCAGAUGAGAAGGAGAUUCUCGGCACCGAGAAUGAUGGCUCACGAACCAUUGCUCUACUUCCCAACAUCAUCGACGGGCCAUGGGAGUCAAAGGAAAAAUACCUCGAGGCCCACUACAGACUUCUGAGGGAGGAUGCAGUCGCCCCACUCCGCUAUGCUGUUGCUUUGAUCCGGGAUGCACCUGGGCGGCGUGACGAGAGAGGUCUCGCCGUCUACGAGAGGGUCUACGUCCGAGGCGUCACGAUGACUUUGUCAGGUCUAGCAAUUCACGUCUGUUUCUCCACUCGCCGUGCUGGUAAGGAGAUCGCCUGGGCAUCUUCGGAUCGCCUUCGACCGGGAACACUGGUUGCCCUAAGCCCAAAGAAGAAUGGGUUUAACAGCAAGUGUGUCGUGGGAGUGGUAGCAUCCAGGUUGCUCGAUGAGGUCCAAAAAGAUCCCCCCGAAGUGGAUAUCUAUCUGGCCUCGUACCGCGAUUUCGAUGUUGAUACCCAGAAGGAAUGGAUCAUGGUUGAAGCCCGAUUGGGGUAUUUCGAGGCAACCCGGCACGCAAUGAAGGCUCUGCAAAAGAUGUCCACUGAGACAUUUCCAUUGAAUGAGACAAUUUGUGGUUUGUCGGCCAACAUCGGGGUUUCUGAAUACAUUCGAUCUCGAUCUACCUUGAACUUUGAGUCGCUGGCUCCACCCACUGGAGAGGAUCCUCCCCCAAGCUACUUCCAUGAUGUCAUCAAUAACUGGCCAGCAUCCCCAAUGGCACAGCUAGAUGAGACCCAAUGGUCAGCUCUCAGGGAAAUGGUUACCAAAGAGUUAUCUCUUACACAUGGUGCUCCUGGAACCGGCAAAACAUACACUUCGCUCAAGGCCCUGCAACUCAUGAUCACGAACAAGGAUCCCAAAGAUCCGCCUAUCAUUGUUGCCGCGCAGACCAACCAUGCUCUCGAUCAGCUGCUCAAGUUGAUUUCGGAAUUUGAGCCCAAUUUCGUCCGAUUGGGCUCACGAAGUGGCGAGCCCAAGAUUCGCGAGCGCACUAUCUACGAGCUCAGGAGAAAGCAUCUCACGCCGACAGUGGUUGAUUCUUCUUUGCCAUCGGUGAAGAAGAGGCAUGAGGCUCUCUGCACGCGGAUUUCGAAAAUACUUAAGCCAUUGUCAGAAGGCCUCGGCCCAGCUGGCAGGACUUCAAAUCCGAUUCGGUUAGCCACAUUUGUUCAAUGGGGGAUUUUGACCGUAGCCCAAGCGGAGUCUCUUUCUCUUCCCGUUGAAAGCCGUAGGUGGCAGUGGCGGAAUGCUCGCUACCUUGAUUCUAACAACACCAACCAAGAUCCUUUCAUUGCCUGGCUUGGAGAUGCAGUAGGGGAGUUUAAAUACCCUUCUUCCAAAUAUCGUGGACUCGACGAGGAUGACGAGUCGCUGGGGGUUGAAGAGUUCCGAGAGAUUAACGAAGAAAAUCUUGACCAUGAAGCAGAGUGGGCCAUCUUGCUUGGCCAGUCUGUUACAUUUGCACCGGACGUGGCAAGGAACAAAAUGUACCAGCACGCACUUCGGGAUUACUCCGUCAAAGAAUAUCUGGACAAAAGUGAUAAUCUUUGGGAUAUUCCGUUGGACCACCGUGGUGCAGUUUAUGAGUAUCUCCGUGAGCAGGUGGUCUCAAUCGUCAAUUCCGAAGUACGCCUGCUUCAAGCGGACUACGAAAAGAAUGUCGCAGACUUUGUGGUCUCCAAGUGCGAACGCGAUUAUCCAGUCAUACGGAACGCGAAAGUCGUCGGGGUGACCACAACCGGCUUGAGCAAAAACCGAGGCUUACUUGCAAGUGUGAAGCCCCGGGUGGUGAUGGUCGAGGAAGCAGGCCAUGUCAUUGAGGCGCCUGUCGCAGUGGCUUGCCUGCCAUCCGUACAGCAACUGAUCCUUAUGGGAGAUCAUAGGCAGAUGAGGGGCCAUUGCACCAUGCUGGCGUUGGCCAAGGAACCGUUCCAUCUUGAAACCUCUUUGUUUGAGCGUCUUAUCGAUAAUGGACUUCCGCUCCAGAUGUUGAAUGUGCAGCGACGAAUGAUCCCGGAGAUCAGCGCAUUCGUGACGCCCCUCUACAAUCAUCGUCUGAUCGAUCACCCAUCUGUGGAGAACAGGCCAUACAUUCCCGGCAUGGGAAGGCGUCGAACCUACUGGUUCAACCACGACAAACCGGAGGGCAACGAUCGCUUUUCAUCAUACGUGAAUCAAUUUGAGGCAGUCAUGGUGAUCGGGUUGCUUCAUCAUCUUAUUUUGAAUGGUGUUCCGGCCCAAGAUAUCACGAUCCUGACGUUUUACCAAGGCCAAUGCAGGUUACUCAGGAAAUUGAAGAAUGAACUUCCCAUGGGUUACAACUUCCCUGUGGAUAUUACGACAGUCGAUUCCUACCAGGGCGAGGAAAACCGUAUUGUCUUGCUAUCCCUGGUCAGGAGUAACAUGUUCCGCGGUAUUGGCUUUACUGCUCUGUUGAACAGGGCCUGUGUUGCCUUGUCUCGGGCCAGAGAUGGAUUGUUUAUCUUUGGCGAUGCCCAAUGCAUGAGUAGAGAUAGUGACUUCUGGAAGUCGGUCAUUCAUCAAAUGAAGCACUAUUUGCCGCGACGCUUUGGCACCGGAUUGCCUUUGUGGUGUGAUUCACACAAAGCAGAAACCUUGAUCCGUGAACCACUCGACUGGUCGCCCAUUAAUGUUGGAUGCAACAGGGAGUGUGUACACAAACUGUCUUGUGGACAUCAGUGCAAGAGGAAAUGUCAUGGACCAGAGCAUGAUUGGGUAUCUUGUGAGAUGAUCUGUGACAAGCUUUGCACGGUCUGCGAUGUGCGAUGCAACAAGCGAUGCUCACCCCCACAUAUCCACGAAUGCCACUGCAAUGACAUGGGUGAUCUGACGCCGCCUCCCGGCUCAGUAAAGUGGCGCUAUAGCAAACCUGAGGAACAGUCUGAUUCCUCCGAAGCGGAAUCUGUAGUAUUUUCUGGGCGAGCUCGCUAUUCGAAGCCCCGUGCUAAAACUUCUGGUCCUCGGAUUGUCGCUGGAAAAGCUCCUGCUACCCGUGAAAACCCAUUCACUUCUGAUGCCAAAACUGCUUCUACUACCAAGGCCACACCUACUCCCAGGGCUGCUCGUACUCCCAGAGGCGCCAUUCCUCCCAGGGGCGCUAUUCCUCCCAAGCAUCGCACUCCUGGUAUAGCUCCUGCCGCACCCCGGGUUGCAGCUGCUGCUUCCAGUGGCUCUAUUACAGCAACCACCAGAGAACAAGUCCAAGAGAGCCUCAAGAAAUGGAAAGUUUUCGCCGAGCGAGGUGCAAUUGUGGACGACUACAGACGGGCGGGACUGCCAGUACCAGACCGAGCUCGCGGAACCAACCCACGACCUGCUGCUUCGCAGGUCUCUGCCUUGGAUCCGUCGAUGCCGUCUGGAUUGGUGCCCGGAACCCGUGAUGGCACCACCAAGACCGGUGGUAUCGACGACACUGCCAAUAAGAGGAGCAAGGGUAGUGUGAGUGGCGCGCCGAAGGUUCCGGAGGGAAUCCUGAUCGACCUGGAUUAG